AUGGCAAACACUCACAAUACAGCCAACUCGCUUGAGGCCAACAUGGUCCACCCUGCACUUCGCAAGGCCACUGACCUGGUCCCAGCUGAGCCUUGGAUCUCUGACAUGGCCUCAAUCAACUCUCUCAUAAAGGACGGCAUGACCAAGGAUCUGCUGCUUGUCUUCGAGGGUGAAGCAGAUGGAGUCAGACGCUAUAAUGGUUUUGUAAGCACUCAACAUCUGCGCUUUGCAUUUGUCCCUACUAACUUCUUGAAGGAUGACCUCUGGGAUGACAAAGGCGAUUGCAAAGUCAAACUGGGCAGUCAAGACCUCUGCUUUGACAGCAAAAUCAUCUUAGGAACCAAUUCACAAGAUCUUGUCUCACUGAUCUCAGGUAAGCUCGGCGUCAUGUACCUCAUAGACAGUGCGCUGACUACGCUUUANGAAUGUGUCUGCGANAAAGGUCGGCACUACCACUUCAAUGUGCCUUCUCUCGGUCAAGAUAUGGAGAAAGUCGAAAGAUACAACCUUGCUAUUCGCAACUUUAUUGCAACCAUGAUCCGCAAACCCAUCAUCGGGUGUACUCUGAUGUCUGCUCUGGAAGACCUGCAGAUCAUCGUAAAGCACAUCUUCAAGAUGCAGUAUCAACCAGACAGAGCUGCCGAUUUUGUCCGAGAUUAUGUGCAGGAAUCGAAGCUUGACAACUUCACCAACAGACCUGCUGAUAUAGGCAAAUUCCUGGCAUGGACAGAAGAGAUCCGUUGGUCGAGAGCCUUCGUCGAGACUUUCGCUCACUGCGUGGGUAUGCUCAACUGUGGAGUCCUUGACCAUGAAUCUCUGGAUGCUCUUUCACCAACCACACGAGCUCUUCUGGAACACAGCUGCACACACAUGCACUAUCGCCUGUCAUCCACCGAGAUGCACAUGACCAUGUUCGGUAUCAACGCCGAUAUUUUGACUAGGCUCGAGCAUCAUGCUGGUAUCAAGGAGUCGCUCCUGGCCUUCCAAGACUUCCUUCGACAACACUAUGCCCAAAUCUACGGAACAUGGCCGCCGCCUGUACAUCAGAACAGCGGACACUGGUUGACUCGUUCAGUGGCUCAGCGCUUGCAACAAGACUUUGGCAACCUCUACGAUCUACUUAUCGACAAGAACGUCCACAGUGGAGUGACUACUCCCACUCGUGUUGAUUCCUUCAGCUGUACGCUUGAUCGUAGACAUCUUUUGGCAUCAUGGGACCGCCAGAACGGUUUCAACUCCCUGCAGAAUUCAACUCCCAAAGCCCCGGACCAGUCUCCUACUAUAGUCGUAGAGCAAGAAGAGGAGAAGGGGGCCAGACGUUCGUCUCUCAUACCCGCUGUUCAGAAGCACCGUAANAAGGCUCCAGACCUUUACAACAUCUACGCACGUGCUACAAACACUGAGGCGCAUCGUAAGUGA